CACGGGUAGAUAGUUUUGCUUUACGGCAGUUGUGACAAACCAGAAGUCCUACUUCUGGCUCUGCAGAGUUCUUUGGGAAGUCAGGUGAUGUUUCAACCUGAAGGCAAACAAACAAACAAACAAACAAUGAUCUGAGAUACGACAACCUGACGAUGGUCAAACACACCAGCGGAAGGAUAUGACUAUAACCACGAUGCGACAAACUAUAGCACGCUUUAAAUAGUUUUCGUUCUCGGCGCUAGCUACCUAUAGCUAAGCUAACUUAGCCAGAAACUAGAGCGGCCACUCUGUCAGCUUCCAUCCCGGAGAACAACAUGGUUUGAUGUGUCAUACUGCAAUUUCCCACCGAAGCACAGAGGGGGCCGUUUUCAUACGCUGACUCGUAGCCGGGCUUCCGUCGUUUCAACACACAAUGUGGCUACAGCAGAGACUAAAGGGGCUGCCAGGCUUGUUGUCAAGCAGCUGGGCGAGGAGAGUCCUCAUUGGGCUGCUGCUCUUCCUCAUCUUCUACUGGUACCUCGGAGCAGAGCGCCGAUGGAGCUUCUUCAGCGGCUCGGUCAUGCCCGGCGGAGCGGCGGGACAGUGCCUCCUGGCUGAGAUCCACAGGUGGAAGUCUCUCGCAGACCGAGGAGAGGGGAUCUACAGCACACCGCAGGAGCAGCUAGAUACUCCUUUCGUGUCGGGGAACGGCCAUAUCCUCAUUGACAUUGACUCCAACAAGCUGUGGGUAGCGUCGUCUUCACAGCCUGGCUCGGCUCCGGUCCACCAGACGGAAUACUCCCCGAGAGUCGGUGUCCAUCUCGAGGGGAAGCGUGCCGAGGCUCAGGCCACCAUGCUGGGGUUCCGGAAAGGAGCCGUGCUGUCGGUCCGCUGUGCUUCCCCGGCCGCCCUGCAGUCAGCCCGGGACUGUGUCACCAUCAGAGAGGAGUUCAUCGCGCACAGGAGCAGACCUAACGUCUAUCUGCAGAGGCUCCACAUCAGCAACCCGUCUGACAAGGCCGCCUCCUUGGAGGUCUCCUAUGAUAACCCCUCCUUUGGUAGCAAGUUCUCCACCAGUGUGGAGAAACUUGAGGACAAAGAGAUAGUGCUCUCCUCUGGCAGAGUGCCUGUGGAGAACAACCGGAUGGUGUUGGUGGUGGUGGUCUCCAAGAAGAUGAACAGCAGGCUCCAGGUCCCUGCUAAACUAGAGUACAGGGAAAACAUCCUGUCAGUGGUGUGGACCUCAGAGCCCAUCGAGCCCUCCAAGCUGGAGGAGACCUUCAGCGCCCUCAGAGAUGGAGCCAAAAAGGAGCUGGGGGAGCUGCUGAGGGCAAAUGUGGAGGAGCUGGUCUUAGAUCACCAGCAGGCCUGGAUGGACCUCUUCAUUUCAGGUGUUGAAAUGAGGAAAAUCACUGACUCCCACACACCGUCGAGCCGCACAGUGAACACCACCCUCUACUACAUCCUGUCCUCCUCCAUGGCUCCGCUGCUGGAUCGAAGGCUGAGCGACGAGGAGCGCGUCCGUCUGGAGUCCAGCCUCAAGUACGCCGACCACUGCUUCAGCGGCCACGCCACCAUGCACGCAGAGAACCUGUGGCCCGAGCGGGUGAGCAGCGCAGCACAGAUCCUGCAGCUGGUCACGCUGUGGACUCUGACCCUCCAGAAAAGAGGCUGCAAGGUGCUGGUGGCGGCCGGAGCCCACGGCGCCAUGCAGGGCAUGGUGCUCAGCUUCGGCGGCCUCCAGUUCACCGAGAACCACCUUCAGUUCCAGGCUGACCCAGACGUGCUGCACAACAGCUACGCCCUGAGAGGGAUCCACUACAACCAGGACAUCAUCAACCUGGCGGUGCUGCUGGACGGGGAGGGGAAGCCUUUCCUCCACGUGUCCGUGAAGCCGCAGGAGAAACCGGUGAAGCUGUACGCCUGUGAGGCCGGCUGCCUCAACGAGCCCGUGGAGCUUACGUCCGAGGUCAAAGGUCACACCUUCCCUGUGAUGGUGACGCAGCCCAUCACACCGCUCCUGUACAUCUCCACAGACCUGCGCCAUCUGCAGGAUCUCCGCCACACGCUGCACCUCAAGGCCAUCCUGGCCCACGAGGAGCACAUGGCCAACAGGUACCCAGGCCUUCCCUUCCUCUUCUGGUUCAGCGUGGCGUCGCUCAUAACACUCUUCCACCUUUUCCUCUUCAAGCUCAUCUACAACGAGUACUGUGGCCCCGGCGCCAAGCCCCUCUUCAGGAGCAAGGUCGCCCACAAAAGUGAGGAUGGCUGCUGUGACACCAGGAAUGCUGCUUGAGCGCUACAGCGCUCAGGUUCAACAUGUUGGCAGCAUGGGAGCUAUUAACACGAGCAUCUGCUUCUUUUUUUUCUUUUGCU